AUGCGAAGCGUCUCCACGUUGGGGUCACGCUGUAGCCACCAGCUUGUGUGCAGGGGUGUCCCAUGGCCAAACCAAUGGAUCUCUGCAAAUCUCAAGACAUAUUUGGGAGGAAGAGGGACCUUUAGGGGUCAGAAGUACUUUGCAUGCGCUGCAUACAGCGCAGAUCAUGGGAAACAUCGAGUGAUUUUCUUAGGCACACCAGAGGUGGCUUCUUCGGUUCUGCAGCAGCUUUUACACGCAGCAAAUGAGCAAGACUCCACAUUUGAGAUUGCGGCGAUUGUCACACAGCCAAACCGACCCAAGGGACGUGGGAACAAGAAGGUGGCCCAGCCGUCUCCUGUUGCUCAGCUCGCCCUGGACCAGGGGUGGCCACAGGAGAAGAUCUUGAGCCCUGUGAAGGCCAGCGAGGAGCCCUUCCUUGAACAGCUGGCAGCCAUCAGGCCGGACCUGUGCAUCACAGCAGCCUACGGGAACAUCCUCCCAAAGAAGUUCCUGGCCAUUCCCCGCUUUGGCACCCUCAACAUCCACCCCAGCCUGCUGCCCAGGUACCGAGGGGCCGCCCCUGUUCAACGAGCCGUGCAGGAUGGCGUGAGGGAGACUGGGGUGACAGUGGCGUUCACGGUGCGCGCUAUGGAUGCCGGGCCGGUGCUGGCGCAGGAGAGGGUGGCGGUGGAUGAGGACAUCCAAGCGCCAGAGCUGCUGGCCGACCUGUUCAAGCGCGGCAGUGAUCUUCUGCUCAGCCGGCUGCCCGAUGUUUGGAGCGGUAUCGCUGCCCAGCAGGCCACCCCACAGGAUGACGCUGCUGCCACGCAUGCAGCAAAGCUGGAGAAAGCAGAUGGGCAGCUGGACUUCAGGGAACAUGCAAUUGUCCUGCACAACAAAGUGCGGGCGUUUGUUGGCUGGCCUGGGACACAGGCCACCCUUUUAUUGAAAAUUCAUGACGGCACAGCCGACCGGGAGGUUGAGGUCAAAAUUACCAGGACAUGCGUUGCAAAAGAGGAUCAACAACCACCGCAAGGGGCUGCUGGCUCACCAGAGGGCUAUGUAGAGGCAAUCGUUGAUGGUCAGCUGAUAAUACCAUGCGGUGACGCUUCAUGGUUGCAUAUCCUAGAAUUACAGCCUGCUGGCAAGAAGCCAAUGCCCGCAGCAGCAUUCUUGAAUGGUGUGAAGGGUCGAUCUGUUUUUGUCAAACUCAUUUGA